UCAUGUUGGGCUUGUAGCAGCGAUGAAACAGCGUAUCGGAGCCAUGUUCAGCCGCGUGGCUGUUAGCGUACCAGCUCUAGGCGCAGGUGCUGCUAUCGGUGGCUUUGUGCUAGAUGCUUGGAAGCGCCGGCAAGAAGAACAAGAUCGCGCUCGUAUGGUUAAUCGCGUGAUCCACAAUUCCUUCCACGCUUUCCAGCCCAAAGUGGAAAUCCCGCGCGAGCAGGUCCAGGUCACCAUGAAGCGCCUGCUGGAUCUGGAUGACCGCUCCCCCGUGCUGAUCUGGGGCAACCACCUGGCCGGUAAGAGCUUUGCCCUCUUCAAGGCUUUCGAACAGGCAGGCUUUCGCGAGGGCAUCGUCCACGUGAAGCUCAACAGCGACAAGCAAAUCGCAGAAGAAAAACUUUGCCAGCAGCUGGGUGCCAUCGUCCACGUUGAGGCCGAGGAGGCCCUGAGGCGGGCUGCAAAGACGCUGAGCCGACGGCCCAUCAUUGUCCUGGAGAUCCCCCGGGAGGUCAGCGACAUGGCAGUUGUACGCAGUUGCUCUGGCUUCGCCAAGACAUGGGGCUACGACGCCGAAUUGGCGAAAGUCAUCGUGUUGGCGAGCAGCGCCUCCAUGGCCCUGAGCUUUGAUGCGGACGCCCGGGAAGUUCGGUUCCAGGUCCAACCGCUGAGCGAGGAAGAGUGCCAGCAGGAGGAGGUCCAGACGUUCCUCAAGCACCACGGUGGAGCCGCCGCCGUCGAGCACAAGUCGGACCUCCUCCACCUCUCCGGCGGCAACGUGGGCAAGUUGGAGGACCUGGCGCAGGCCUUGCGGACCAAGACCUUCGAGGAGGUCCGGCUCGCAACCAUCGGCGCGCAGGAGAAGGAGAUCCUGCGCUUCUUCGGCAUCGAUGCGCAGGGCGGCUUCGGCCCAAAAGAGGUCCCGGCUGCCAAGGAGGUGGCCCGCCGCGUGGCGGACGCCCCGUUUGACCAGUGCGUCAGUUCAGAGGACUUCGAAGACCGUUUCACCAGCAAGCAUCUGGCGCAGGCGGUGAAGGCACAAGGUGCCCACUGCAUCUAUGUCAAGGCCACCACUAAGGCGGAUGAGCGGUUUUGUGCAGCGUCGCCAUCCGUGCACGCUCUGCUCAAGCGGAAGACCGAUGCGCUUGAAGCCAACACGAAGCCCAAACGCCGAGGAAUGUUUUGAUGAAAAAAGGUUCCAUGGAAGGGCUUCCACAGAAUUCCGGCCAGCCAACUGCGCAGGGCCCCCUACUGCUUCCGGAAUCCGAUUUUGCGAACAGAACAUGAAGUUGAGCAGGCAACAGCACAGCGAGCAUUAGAGUUUGAGCGAGAAAGUGCAGAUCUCGGCGGCGGCAGUGCAGAUCUCAGGUUCCUGUUCAAAGUGCAGACCUCUGAGUGCAAGUGCCCGGUGAGAGUUGUGGCUAAGGCACGUGAGCCUUGAGCCAAAGUAUUUGGCAAAGUAAUGAUGACAAAAGUAAACAUGCAAGAGGGGACAAAA